AUGAGUUUCUCCCCUGAUCCAGUCGCCCCCCCCGGAGGAACAGAUAUCCAGGAGCAGAGGGACCGCUGGGAGCGCAAACGCAGCCGAACAGCCAAAGAGUUGGUGCAGACGGAACAACGCUACUGCCAGCAGCUAGAGCUGGUCACCACCUUCUUUGUGGAGAUCUUGAAGGCCAAAGGAACCCUGAGGCAGGACAUUAGAGAAAGCAUCUUCAGUUCAAUUAAAGCCAUUCAUUCUGUAAACCAAUCUCUGCUGGUCCAUUUGGAGAACAGCUACUUUGGCCGAGGUUUCGAGCAAUUCUGUCCCCACCUUUCCCACUACAACACGUAUGCGGACAACAUCUACAAAGCCAGAAAAGCGCUCACGAUCCAGCUGAAGAAAAACAAGGCCUUCAGACGCUUUAAGAAACUGCAGGAAGCCCGAGAAGAGUUCAAAAACCAAACACUGGAGGAGUUACUUCAACUUCCGGUUCUGAGGAUUGAUCAGUAUAAACACUUCCUACAGGACCUGACUGCCAACACAAGUCCAGACAACCCAGAGUUUCAGCAGCUUUCAAGUGCUGUGACUGCGAUAUGCGACGUGUCCUACCGCAUCCAGGACAACACCCGGCACCAUGAGAACCACCUGCAGCUCUGCCGGGUGCAGAAGCUGCUGAAGGGGCGAAAGACCAAGGUGUUGGCUGCAGGGAGGUGGUUCAUCCGUGAGGGCUGGCUGAAGGUGGUUCCUCGGAAAGGUGCGGUCGCCAAGCCCAAGAUGUUCUUCCUGUUCUCCGACAUGCUGCUGCAGGCCACGCGCUGCGGCCCGAUGCAACUCGCCAACAGGGACAAGUUCGCCGGCAGGCACGCCUUCCCCCUGCAGGAGUGCAUCAUGGAGAAGGUGUUCGGCCACACCAGAAGCCAGGGAGGCCUGCUCAGCUUGACCUUCCCUAAAGCCAGUCUUCUGCUGAUGUCCUGCAACCAGGAGGAUCUCAAUGACUGGUACCAAAGCCUGAGCUCAGCCAUCAGGAAGCUGCAGUCUAAGGAGACAGUGGUCCAUCAGAGGGAUGAGUUGUGCCGGAGACCCCUCCGAUCAGCCGCCGACAGCCACAACACGCCGAGCAGCAGCAGCAGCACUCCCGGCAGGAAGAGAACCAUGGUGGGCUCUGAGACCAGUGAGCAGAGUCAGAGGCCCGCGUCUGAGUCGGAGGGCAGCGCCCCCAAGAGGCUGAAGCCGACUGACGCUCCAGAGCACAGCAGUGAAGAGGCGUCCCCUUCCAGCUGUGUGAUCCUCUGAGGGGUCUUCAGUCUCAGAUGAGGGUGGGUCCCACUCAGGCUGUCUGAGAGUUUCACUGCAGACUGAUUUAAUGCCAAACAUAACGCACACAAAGCUAUAUGUCUGUGUUGUUAACAUUACGUUUGAACUGUGCAGGUCAGGAGAUUCUGAUUAUUACUAACAGCAGCGUCCGCUUCUGCUCAUCCUGUGCAAUAUACACUUUUUAUUAUAUACUUAUUGUAUAAAUCCUAAGCUGCUUUAAAGACCAAAUAUCAUGAAUGUUUAACUGGGAGCGUUGUGUUGCUGCUGCUUGUCUAAACAUACAAUGUCAAAACCCCCACACUGCAGGUAACUAAUCAUGAUUUCUCUUCUGGAUGUCAUGUUUCCGGGCAGUCCCUGAAUGCACCACUCCCCCAGUCAUUAUCUCAGUCUGUCAUUUACACUAGAUACAGACUUUAGGAUGAAAAUGUGUAUUUAUUAUUUGAUUUGAUUUAGAUAGAGGAACAAAUAAACAAUUCAUACGUGGGAAACUGACAAUAUAAACAAAUGAAUAUAAACAUUAUAAAAUCAAUCAAGUAAAAUGGAUGACCAACUUUUUUAAAGAUAAACAAUUAAUCACUUUUUAUUUCUCACAUAUAAUUUUUAUUUUCCUUUUUAUUGUUACAUAUCUUGUCUCUUGUCAGGACAGUUUUAAUAUCAUAUAUUCAAUGCCCUCUCACCUUUGAGUCAGAAAGUGUUGGUGAGAAAAUUAGAAAAAUUAGAUGGAAAAGGUAAAACUGUAAAAAUAAGAUACCAAAGAUUCUGAUAAUAUAAAAAUUCCCAAUAAUAUGUGAUUCAUUAUUUUAAUUUAGUGUACAUUUUUUUAUAUUGUCUUAUUCUCUUUUAUUUAAUAGCGUCAUAUGACAUCCAUGAUUAAGACUGGGAAUGUUUUGUCCAUCUUAAUACAGAUCCUAAAUGAUUCAUUAUCUGAUCAUCGGUUCAAAUGUAGAAUCACUGGUGUCUUUUUUGAUUGUUUGUUUGCAUGUGUGGAUUAUUAUAAUUAUUUUCAAAUGGAAUCAGUGCCUUUAAUCAGCUCCACUGUUUUCUAAAGAUGACUGAUUUAUGUGUCUGUGCAGGCGAGAAAACCUGGCUUACACAUAUGCUACUAUCAUGAUGUCCUUUAUUUACAUUUAUCCUUUUAUAUUUCCUUUAUAAAUGAAUCAACAUAUAUUUGCAUCUCUACUGCAAAGCUCUUCAUAUAUUUUAUUCACACUUUUGAAAGCUGUUACAAAUCAUGUUAACUUCCCAAUAAAACUCUAAAACAAG